AUGGAGAAGAAAAAUAAUCAGGCAGUGCCUUAUCGCGAUGCGAGAAGGACCAUUAAUGAGCGUGUGUCCGACCUUAUUUCUCGCAUGACGCUUGCAGAAAAAGCUGGUCAGUUAUUUCAUAACAUGAUUAGCGUAGGGCCGGAGGGUGGUCUGGCUCCUGCAACCCCAGCUUUCGGUCUACUUGCGACCACAGUUCUCCUAGAGGAGAAACUCAUGUCACACUUCAAUCUCAUCGGCCCCAUUCGCGAUCCAAAGUUGGUAGCCAAGUGGCACAACCUACUCCAACAGCACGUCCUAGACAAUACCCGUCUAGGGAUUCCAGUCUCACUCUCGUCAGAUCCACGAAAUCACUUCGUUCAAAACGUCGGCACGGCUUUCAACGCUGGCUGCCUGAGCCAGUGGCCAGAACCUCUUGGACUUGCUGCGUUAAGGAAUCCUGCGUUGGUGCAAAGAUUCGCAGAAUGUGCCAGACAGGAGUAUUUGGCACUUGGUUUACGUGUUGCUCUUCAUCCUCAAGUCGAUCUAGCAACUGAGUACCGACGGGCACGUAUCACUGCCACAUUUGGUGAAGAUGCGGAUUUAGCUGGAGAUUACGUCGAGGCCUAUAUAAGAGGAUUCCAGGGAUUGAACAAACACAUUGACCACCAAAGUGUCGCAACUAUGGUCAAGCAUUUCCCUGGUGGAGGACCUCAAAUGAAUGGCGAAGAUCCUCAUUUUGAUUACGGCAGAGAGCAAGUCUAUCCUGGCAACAACUUUGAGUACCAUCUUCAGCCUUUCAAAAGGGCCAUUGCAGCCGGAGCAAGUCAGAUCAUGCCUUAUUACGGCAUGCCUGUCGGAACGCAGUAUGAAGAGGUCGGAUUCGCCUUCAACAAGCAGAUAAUCACGGGGAUACUCAGAAAGGAAUUGGGUUUCAAUGGAGUGAUUUGCUCAGAUUGGGGAUUGGUCUCUGACGCCACAAUAUUAGGUCAGUCGAUGCCUGCACGUGCUUGGGGAUGUGAAAGUCUCAGUGAAAUUGAACGGGUGACCAAAAUCCUUGACGCUGGAUGUGACCAAUUUGGAGGGGAAACCCGCCCAGAGCUGGUGGUUCAGGCCGUCGAAACCGGAGCUGUAUCUGAAGCAAGGCUUGAUGAAUCUGUGAGUCGACUGCUGCGAGAGAAAUUCGCACUCGGUCUUUUCGACAAUCCCUUUGUGGAUGUCGAUACGGCAGGAGACGUCGUUGGGAGGGCAGACUUCGUGCAUGAAGGAGAAAUUGCGCAGCGCAAGUCCAUGACGCUUCUGACCAACAAAUCUAACACUCUUCCACUCUCACAAAGUGAUUCGCAAGAUAAGAAGAUUUAUGCUGAGGGCUUGAAACCGGGGGCGGCCCAGAAGCGUGGCCUAAACUUGGUUGAGAAGCCGGAGGAAGCCGAUCUUGCGAUCCUCCGCUUGCGGUGUCCUUAUGAACCACGACCUGGUGGUUUCGAGGCACAUUUUCACGCAGGAAGUUUGGAGUAUCCUAGGGACGAGCUACAACGUCUAGAAGGUAUCUUCAAGACUGUCCCAAUUGUCGUGGUUGAUGUGUAUCUCGACCGACCUGGUGUCUUAACGCAACUGGCGGCCAACGCAUCUGCUCUCAUUGCCAACUAUGGCAGUAGUGAAUACGCAUGCUUAGAUGUUUUAUUCGGAGACACUCAACCGGAAGGGAAACUUCCAUUCGAUCUGCCACGUUCCAUGGAGGCUGUCCGUAACAGUCGAGAGGACGUUCCGUUUGACACAGAGAAUCCUCUUUUCAAAUUUGGACAUGGGCUGACAUACAACACUGCAUGA